AUGGAGAACUCCCACACAAAGACCGUGGAGGAGUGUCUGGCCUACUUUGGCGUGAGCGAGAACUCUGGCCUGACGCCCGAACACGUGAAGAAGAACCUGGACAAAUACGGCCCCAACGAGCUCCCGGCAGAGGAAGGCAAGUCCAUCUGGGAGCUGGUGGUGGAGCAGUUUGAGGACCUGCUGGUGCGAAUCCUGCUGCUGGCAGCCUGCAUCUCCUUCGUGCUGGCCUGGUUUGAGGAAGGCGAGGAGACAGUCACUGCAUUCGUGGAGCCAUUCGUCAUUCUCCUGAUCCUCAUCGCCAAUGCCAUUGUAGGAGUCUGGCAGGAGAGGAACGCUGAAAACGCCAUCGAGGCCCUGAAGGAGUAUGAACCCGAAAUGGGCAAGGUGUACCGUGCAGACAGGAAAUCUGUGCAGAGAAUCAAGGCCCGGGACAUGGUCCCUGGCGACAUUGCCGAGGUGGCUGUGGGUGACAAGGUGCCAGCCGACAUCCGGCUCCUCUCCAUCAAAUCCACCACCCUGCGUGUGGACCAAUCCAUCCUGACAGGUGAGUCUGUCUCUGUUAUCAAGCACACGGACCCUAUCCCGGACCCUCGCGCUGUCAACCAGGACAAGAAGAACAUGCUCUUCUCGGGCACCAACGUGGCAGCUGGCAAGGCUGUGGGCAUUGUCAUUGCCACGGGGGUGGGCACCGAGAUCGGGAAGAUCCGGGAUCAGAUGGCGGCCACGGAGCAGGAGAAGACGCCGCUGCAGCAGAAGCUGGAUGAGUUCGGGGAGCAGCUCUCCAAGGUCAUCUCGCUCAUCUGCGUGGCCGUCUGGCUCAUCAAUAUUGGCCACUUCAACGACCCCGUCCACGGCGGCUCCUGGAUCCGCGGUGCCAUCUACUACUUCAAGAUUGCCGUGGCCCUGGCCGUGGCCGCCAUUCCUGAAGGUCUCCCCGCUGUGAUCACCACCUGCCUGGCCCUGGGCACCCGCCGCAUGGCCAAGAAGAACGCCAUUGUCCGGAGCCUGCCGUCUGUGGAGACGCUGGGCUGCACCUCAGUCAUCUGCUCUGACAAGACCGGCACCCUCACCACCAACCAGAUGUCUGUGUGCAAGAUGUUUGUCGUUGAGAAGGUGGAGGGAGACGUCUGUUCCCUGAAUGAGUUCAGCAUUACCGGUUCCACCUACGCCCCUGAGGGAGAAGUACUGAAGAGUGACAAGCAUGUGAAGGCUGGGCAGUACGAUGGGCUGGUUGAACUGGCCACUAUCUGUGCCCUCUGCAAUGACUCCUCCCUGGAUUACAAUGAGGCCAAGGGUGCCUAUGAGAAGGUGGGGGAAGCCACCGAGACAGCGCUGACCUGCCUGGUGGAGAAGAUGAAUGUUUUCAACACAGAUGUGCGGAGCCUGUCCAAGGUGGAGCGUGCCAAUGCCUGCAACUCUGUGAUUAAGCAGCUGAUGAAGAAGGAGUUCACCCUGGAGUUCUCCCGCGACAGGAAGUCCAUGUCCGUAUACUGCUCCCCCGCCAAGGCCUCCCGCGCAGCUGUCAGCAACAAGAUGUUCAUCAAGGGUGCCCCUGAGGGGGUUAUCGACCGCUGUAACUAUGUCCGAGUGGGCACCACCCGUGUCCCCCUCACACCCCUGGUGAAAGACAAGAUCUUGACUGUCAUCAAGGAGUGGGGGACGGGGCGGGACACACUGCGCUGCCUGGCCCUGGCCACACGUGACACCCCCCCCAGGAGAGAGGACAUGGUGCUGGAGGACUCCACCAAGUUUGUCGAGUAUGAGGUGGACCUGACCUUUGUGGGCUGCGUGGGGAUGCUGGACCCACCCCGGAAGGAGGUGAUGGGCUCCAUCCAGCUGUGCCGUGACGCCGGCAUCCGUGUCAUCAUGAUCACGGGGGACAACAAGGGCACGGCCAUUGCCAUCUGCCGCCGCAUCGGGAUCUUCACCGAGGACGAGGAGGUGACGGGCAGGGCCUACACAGGCCGCGAGUUCGACGACCUGCCCCCCGCCGAGCAGCGGGAGGCCUGUAAGCGGGCCUGCUGUUUCGCCCGUGUCGAGCCCGCCCACAAGUCCAAGAUUGUGGAGUUCCUGCAGUCCUUUGACGAGAUCACAGCCAUGACAGGCGACGGGGUGAAUGACGCCCCUGCACUGAAGAAGGCCGAGAUUGGCAUCGCCAUGGGCUCUGGCACGGCCGUGGCCAAGACGGCCUCCGAGAUGGUCCUGGCUGACGACAACUUCUCCACCAUCGUGUCCGCUGUGGAGGAGGGCAGGGCCAUCUACAACAACAUGAAGCAGUUCAUUCGCUACCUCAUUUCCUCCAAUGUGGGCGAGGUCGUCUGUAUCUUUCUCACAGCCGCCCUGGGCCUUCCAGAAGCCUUGAUCCCUGUGCAGCUGCUGUGGGUGAACCUGGUGACUGACGGGCUCCCGGCCACUGCCCUGGGCUUCAACCCUCCGGACCUGGACAUCAUGGACAAGCCGCCCCGCAGCCCCAAGGAGCCCCUCAUCAGUGGCUGGCUCUUCUUCCGCUACAUGGCCAUUGGCGGCUACGUCGGAGCUGCUACAGUGGGUGCCGCUGCCUGGUGGUUCAUGUAUGCAGAGGAUGGUCCUGGCGUCACCUAUCACCAGCUGUCCCAUUUCAUGCAGUGCACAGAGGAAAACGUGGACUUCGAGGGGCUGGAUUGUGAAGUGUUCGAGUCACCUGUGCCCAUGACCAUGGCCCUGUCUGUGCUGGUCACCAUCGAGAUGUGCAACGCCCUCAACAGCCUGUCUGAGAACCAGUCCCUGUUGCGCAUGCCGCCCUGGGUGAACAUGUGGCUGCUGAGCUCCAUCUGCCUGUCCAUGUCCCUGCACUUCGUCAUCCUCUACGUCGACCCCCUGCCCAUGAUCUUCAAACUGACACCGCUGGACCUGACCCACUGGCUCGUGGUGCUGAAGAUCUCGUUCCCCGUCAUCCUCCUGGAUGAGGUGCUGAAAUUUAUCGCCCGGGACUACCUGGAAGUGGGUUUAGAAGACCCGAAGAGGAGGAAGAAGUGA